UUAUUUUAUUUUAUAUAAUUUUUAUAUAUAUUAAUUUUUGUAUUUUUUGUAUAAUUUUUAUAUAAUUUUGUAUAAUAAUUUAAUAUUUUUAUGAAGAGGCGUCGUUUGGACAAUUUCCAAAUCAUUUGUAACUGGCUCAAAUAUGAAACUUUUCUACUAAACCAACUACUCUCCAGAAAUAAAUCAAUUCACAGGGGAAAUGCGUUUAUGGCCUGGGCUCUCUCCUCCCAAAGAUUCCUCAAAAAAUUCAAUACACACCUACACAAAAUUAACAACACACAUCGUAACAACUCACAUCUUAACAACACUAACACUCCUAAGAAUACCUCUGUGAAUACUGAGAACACUACUGUAAAUACUGAGAAUACUGGGAAAAAGAGUGUGUUGAGUGAGGGGGAUUUGGGGUAUUAUUAUUAUAAGUCAUUGGAUUCGGUUGUGAGGACGUGUGUGGAGUUGUCGAGGUUACACAAGCACCGGUACUUUGCGCCCUUUACAGUGACACUCAUGGCCAUCUUCUCCAGACUCUUACUACUUCUCAUGAACCUCAACAACUAUAUAAUUAAUUAAUCUCCUAACCCUUACACAAUUUUUAUCCGUUGUUUAUCAGUCGUUUAGCAGUUAUUUAGGGAUAAUUUACGUUAUUUUAGAGGUAUUUUAGAGGUAUUUUAGAGGUAUUUUAGAGGUAUUUUAGAGGUAUUUUAGAGG